CGACAAAAUUUGUGUUUUCUUCAAUGUCUGUGUAUCGAGAUGAAAGCAUACUAAAAGGACUUCUUCAAGGAAAAACUAUAGAACAAGGGGCAGAGCUACAUUUAUUCAUAAUUAUUGAAUAAAAUGUGAGGAAGGUCAUUCAAGUGAAUAUUAAUAUGAUUAUUAGGAAGCUAUAAAAUAUUAAAGGCAUUUCAGAAAGAAAUAACUUAAUUCCUAAGAUAUUGAAUUAGCUAUCAAGGAUUAAAAUAUGUUGAAGGUACUCUGAUAUUAAUCAUAAAGUCUGAAAUCGUUGGAUUUUAAUAUAUGGAUAGUAUUAAUUUAUCCAAAAGAAUGGAUGAGUAUGUACUCAAUGAUUAAGUAUAAAAUCUCAAUAUUCAAAGAGCUUGGAUUUAAGAGAUUUAAUUACACAUUAGAUGAAAACAGUUAAAAUACCACUAGGAUUUCCCUCUCUUUCCAUUUUUAAUGUUAUGAAGGAUUAUUAGAUGAUUAAUUCAUAAGAGACUCAAUCCAUUAGUAAAAUAACUUAUUAUUAUUUAAGUGUAAUAUAAGGAUAUCAUUUAAGCAGAGUCAUUCUAAAUUAUGGAAAACAAAAAGUCUUUUAAUAUUAUUAAAGAUAAUGUAAUUAGCAUUUUGACAGUUCAUUAAUAAUCUAUCGUCAAAAAUUUCAAAGAUAUAUUUGAAAAAGAAGUAACAAGUCUUAAGUUUAAUUUCUCUUAAGAAUUCGUCUAAUGUAUCUCCACAUUUUUAGUUUAGUACUCUCUGAUUUAGAAAACUAUAAAGAUGUUGCUCAAAUAGUUCCUUUUAUUAUUCAAUAUCUAUAUAGUUAAUAAGAUCAAGUUCAAAUUUAUUAUUACAAACAUAGAUGUGUAAUUAUUGAAUGUUUGAAUAAACUCAUAGUCAAUAAAUAGAUUAAUUUAGAAUUUUAAGUAAAUAAAUAUAGUCAUUAAUAUUAGUUGCAUCAAAUACUUAAAAUUUUGGUUUAAUUUUUGACAGCAAAAAUAGUAAAAAUUAAUAUAAAAUCAUAAAUUGAACUUUAAAUAAAGACAGCUAAAUGUCUUAAUUAUUUGCUUGAAAAAUUUAAUUUAAAGUAUUAAGCAUUGAGGUAGAAUAUUGAUCGAGUUAUUUUGGAUAAAUUUGAGAAAAUUAAAAGCAAAAUUUAAAGAAAGAAUUCUCACAAAUCAUUACUAAAAGUUUAUUCAAUAAUUUCAUAUUUUAUUGAAUAAAAUGUAAAUGUUUAACAUUUGAAGUUUGUAGAAUAAAUGUGUGAAUUAAUAAGAAAUAUUGAAGUUGGAAAAUAAUAGAUAAAAUAAUAAUAUCUAGAUUAUGAACACUUAGCUGGAUUAAUAUCUUUAUCUUUAGGAGUAUAUUAUUUAUUUGAAUAUGAUAGAGUAUUUUAAUGAAAGUUAUUAAUGGAUUGUAAUAUUUUUAGCCAAAAGAUGAAAAUAAAAUUUUGCAUAUUAUAAAUAAUACAAGAUAAUUGAUGUUAGAAAUGGGAUUAAAUGAAAUGUUAGUAAUGCAAUCUUAUAUUGUGGAGCAUAUGAUUUUAUGA